AUGGAAAAAACAGUGUUCCUGGUCAUUCUGUUGUCAGAUCUCUACUCUCUGACAAGCAUAGCAUCCUCUCAUAUCCUCGUUUUAGUGACUGUUUCCAAAGCAAGUGUGGUCUGCAACGAGACCAGCAUGACGGUGGCUGUGGAGAAGGCCUCCAUCGUGGGUCUCUAUGAGGACCACCUGCGUCUUAAUGACCCGUCCUGCAGUCUGAGCUCCAAUAGCAGCCACGUCUUCAGGACCCUGGCCCUCAACACCUGCGGCACCCAGCUGGAGGAGGAAGAGGACAACCUAAUCUUCAGAAACGAGAUCACUUCCUUUGAGGACUCCAGUGCCGUGAUCACCAAGAGGGACGAGAUGGAGAUCGAAUUCUGGUGCGUCUACCCCAAGAAGGGCAACGUGAGCCUGGAAUUCCUGGCCCACAAGAUUCCGUACAUUUUCAGAGAGAAGGGCUUCGGGAAGUUCACCUACCAGUUUGAGUUCUACCACAGUAGUAGUUUCAACAGGAUGGUGGAUCCAGCCAGUUACCCAGUGGAGGUGGAACUGAAAGAGAUGGUCUACAUGGAGAUCACGUCCACGUCCUUAGUCCCCAACACUGAAAUGUUUGUGGAGUCAUGCAUGGCCACGCCAACAGACAAUCCCAACGACCCAGAGCACUACAGCAUCAUCCAAAACGGCUGCAAGAAGGACGAAACUGUUCAGAUCUACUCUAGUUCCCAAUCCCAGUUCCAUUUUGCAAUGGAAGCUUUCAAAUUCAUUGGUAUGCAUGACCAGGUGUACAUCAGCUGUGCAGUGGUCCUGUGUGAGACGGGGAACACCAACACCCGCUGUGCUCAGGGCUGCAUCAAUGACACUACGGCCACAACUCCCCAGCAUCGUCAAGAGAGAGAGGCCGCCCUGGAGACCAACCCGCACUACAUCUCCCAGGGGCCUUUGCGUGUGAUGCGGAGUGCCGACACCAAAGCUGCUGAUGUGGCUUUAAACCUGAAUUUGUUGUUCAUCGCUGGCAGCUUCCUGGCAGCAGUCGCCAUGGUGUGUGGAGUGGUCAUGUACAGAUCCAGGGAGUCAAAGGACAAAUAUCAACCUUGA